AUGGCAGCAAUAUGUGUGUCAGAAUCAUCUACUAAUGCUUUUUCCACCCCAGUUGAUACGCUCUCUCUCAAGUCACACAUCUCGUUAAACCCCAUAAACCCCCCAGCCAACAGCCCGGAGCCUUCAGGCAAGGCUCCGCAUCAUAUUUAUAACAAGAAACGGAAAUGGCUACUAGUUUAUAUUGUCUCUUUAGCUGCCAUGUUCUCACCGUUGUCUUCCAACAUCUAUUUCCCUGCAAUUGACACCAUUGCGUCGGACCUCAACACGAAUACGUCGCUCGUUGCCUUGACUGUUACUGUUUAUAUGGUUGUGCAGGGAAUUGCCCCGUCUUUCUGGGGUCCGUGGUCGGAUAUAUAUGGUCGUCGGGUCAUCUUCAUUGGCACACUGAUUGUGUACGUUGCCGCUAAUCUGGCGCUGGCAUUUACCGUCAACUACCCCAUGCUAUUAGUUCUUCGAGGGGUACAAGCCGCAGGGAGUGCCGCCACUAUAAGUAUCGGAACAGGAGUCAUUGCCGAUAUUGCUCUGCCAAGUGAGAGGGGCGGCUUUAUCGGAACAAAUAGCGGCAUUCGCAUGAUCGGCCAGGCUCUGGGACCGGUGCUUGGUGGUAUCCUGAACGGCAUUUGGGGCUUCCGAAGCAUCUUCUGGUUUCUAUUUGCCUUGAGCAUCCUCGUCCUAUUAACUUUGCUCGCUUUCCUCCCGGAGACACACCGUGAUAUAGCCGGAAAUGGAAGCGUUCCCUUACACGGAGUCCACAAACCCUUCAUUUACUGGAUAAUUUCUGAACCAACAGAAUGGGUUAGGAGUCCUUCAACAACACCGGGCCGGAAGACGCCGUCAGUAACUUUCAAGUCCGUCCUCACCCCACUAAAGCAUCUGUUUGAAAAAGACAUAUUUCUUCUUCUUGCUUGGGGGGCCCUGAUCUAUGCUGUCUGGAGCAUGGUCACAUCCUCAACCACCACGGUGCUCAAACAUGAAUUUCCCAGCCUCACUGACGUUGAGCUGGGUCUAUGUUUCCUCCCCAAUGGAGUCGGGUGCGUUCUCGGCUCGAUUUCGACUGGCAAGCUCAUGGACCGCAAUUUCAGAAUGGUCGCCAAGCACUACCGACGUCAACACCAAAUCCCCGACGACGUCGAGAUCAAAGGCGACAAAAGCUUCCCUUAUGAACGCGCACGCCUGUCACCAAUGCCCUAUUUAUCCGCCGUGUUCAUCAUCGUUACGGCUCUGUACGGCGCAAGCUACGAGCUAAACGAUGUAAACAGGAAAGCAAUCGCCAAUCUCCUAAUCUCGCUAGCACUCCAGUUCCUGAUUGCUUUCACUGCCACAGCGAUUUUCAGCAUCAACUCCGCUAUGAUGGUGGACUGCUUCCCGUCGGGCGGAGCCGGGGCGACUGCAGUGAACAACCUAGCAAGAUGCAGCUUGGGUGCAGUUGGUGUGAGUGUUGUGCAGCCGAUGAUCAAUGCGAUUCGUAUCCGGAAUACAUUUGUCGUCCUCGCUGCGGUGGUUGCGCUGUGCAGUCCGAUGGUAUGGGUGGAGUGGAAAUGGGGAGAGAAAUGGCGAACAGACAGAGAAAAGAGAAAGGGAGCCAGUCUAGGGCUUUAA